GUCAGUCAAACCCCGGGCGGGAUCAAGUUCCCGGCCGCCUGUGCUGCGGAGAGUGGCGGCUGCUCCGGCUCUGGGACCUCAGACAGGAUGAUGAAGUUUCGGUUCAGGCGGCAGGGGCACGACCCCCAGAGAGAGAAGAUCAAGCAGGAUCUGUUCGCCUUUAACAAGACAGUCGAACAUGGAUUUCCCAACCAGCCAAGCUCUCUUGCCUUCGACCCUUUACUUCGGAUCAUGGCCAUUGGUGCAAAGUCUGGAGCUGUUAAAAUCUACGGCGCUCCAGGCGUGGAAUUCACAGGGCUUCACAACGACAUGGCGACCGUCACACAAAUGCAUUUCCUGCCGGGACAGGGUCGCCUUAUCUCACUGCUGGAUGAUAACACGUUACACCUGUGGCAGCUGCAGCACAAAGAUGGCUCCUCUCACCUGGAUGAAAUCCGCAGCUUCACUCUCCCGGGACGGCCAGGGUUCGACUGUGCUAAUUCCCCUCCCAGCACUACACGUGUGACUGUGAUUCUAGUAAAUGCCGCGUGCAAUAUGGCUGCUUUGGGGACAGAAGGUGGUGGUGUGUACUUCCUGCAGCUACCCAGUUUGAGGCUCCUGGAGGAUCGGACCCUGCUUCCAGAUGAGGUCUUACAGAGUAUGCCAGAGGAGCAUCGCUGUGGGAAGUCACUGGGUCCUGUGGAGUCUUUACAAGAACAUCCUCAACAGCCAGGAAGGAUUCUGAUUGGUUACAGUCGAGGACUGGUGGCUCUGUGGAACCAAGGGGAUCACAAAGUGGAACAUGUCUUCCUGGGCAAUCAGCAGUUGGAGAGCCUUUGCUGGGAAAGCAGUGGGAACUCUUUUGUCAGCUCUCACAGUGAUGGUGGUUACAUGGUGUGGGCGGUAGGUGGAAGCUCCCCCACCACAACGCAGCCGGUUACCGCUACCAUACCUUACGGGCCUUUUCCUUGCAAAGCUAUAAACAAAAUUCAAUGGAAAUCCAGCAGUUUGGGGAAUCACUUUAUUAUAUUUAGUGGUGGCAUGCCACGGGCCAGCUAUGGAGAUCGACACUGUGUUACCAUCCUGCAAGACAAGAACCUGGUCACCUUGGACUUUACAUCCCGGGUUAUUGACUUCUUCACAGUGUGUUCCCUCCAGAGUGAGGAUGGGCUAGACAAUCCCACUGCCCUGGUAGUCUUGGUGGAGGAAGAGCUGGUAGUGAUUGACCUUGUAUCUCAUGGGUGGCCCACGAUUCCUUCGCCAUACUUGGCCCCGCUCCACUCUUCAGCCAUUACCUGCUCCUAUCACCUCUCCAAUGUGACCCUCAAGCUGUGGGAGAGAAUAAUCAGUGCGGGCAAGCAACAGAAUCCUCUACUCUCUUCCGUAAGCUGGCCAAUAGAUGGUGGAAAAAACCUAGCGGAGGAGCCAGCGCAGAGAGGACUUCUUCUCACUGGCCAUGAAGAUGGGACUGUACGUUUCUGGGAUGCCUCUGGAGUUGCCUUGAAGCCCCUCUAUCGCGUAGGGACAGCGGGUAUUUUCCAGACAGACUGUGACCACAAUGAGAGUUUAAACCAGAGCAACGAAGAGGAUUGGCCUCCUUUCCGUAAGGUUGGAUGCUUUGAUCCAUACAGUGAUGAUCCACGCCUGGGUAUACAGAAGAUUGCCCUCUGCAAGUACAGUGGCAAAAUGGUGGUGGCUGGCACCGCAGGGCAGGUUCUGGUGAUGGAUCUGAGUGAUGAGAAAUCUGAUCACUCAAUAGGCGUGGCAACUGUGGACCUCUUGCAGGACAGAGAAGGCUUCACGUGGAAAGGCCACGAUAGACUGACUCCAAGAAACGGUUCACUGUUUUUCCCACCUGGGUUCCAGACAACCCUUCUGGUUCAGUGUAUGCCACCAGCCGCUGUGACCGCUGUAUCCUUGCACUCAGAGUGGAGUCUUGUGGCAUUUGGCACUAGCCAUGGCUUUGGGCUCUUUGAUUAUCACCGAAGGAGUCCUGUGCUUGCAAGGUGCACUCUGCACCCAAAUGACUCUCUGGCUAUGGAAGGACCUUUGUCCCGCGUCAAGUCUCUGAAGAAGUCCCUAAGGCAGUCAUUCCGUAGAAUCCGGAAAAGCAGAGUUUCAGGAAAGAAGAGACCGAACACUGCAAGCCCAGCAAGCAAGCUGCAGGAAGCGAAUGCCCAUCUUGCCGAGCAGGCAGGACCUCAUGACCUGGAAGUGACACCUGUUCAGAGAAGGAUUGAGCCCCGAUCAGCCGAUGACUCCCUUUCUGGUGUUGUGCGCUGCUUGUAUUUUGCUGACACGUUUCUUAGAGAUGCUGUCCAUCAUGGACCCACUAUGUGGGCAGGCACCAACUCCGGCUCAGUGUUUGCAUAUGCCCUAGAAGUGCCAUCGCGGGAGAAGUUCUCAGAGCGAUGUGCUGAGGCCAUCCUGGGAAAGGAAAUCCAACUCAUGCAUCGUGCCCCUGUUGUGUCUAUAGCGGUACUGGAUGGCAGGGGGAAUCCUCUGCCAGAGCCAUAUGAAGUGUCACGUGACCUGGCAAAAGCACCCGACAUGCAGGGAACGCAUUCUGUGCUCAUUGCUUCCGAGGAGCAAUUUAAGAUAUUCACCUUGCCCAAGGUCAGUGCCAAAACAAAGUUUAAAUUGACAGCCCACGAGGGUUGCCGGGUACGGAAAGUGGCUCUGGCCACCUUUGUCAGCUCUACAUCUGAAGAUUAUGCUGAGAACUGUUUGGCAUGUCUGACAAACCUGGGAGAUAUUCACGUUUUCAGUGUCCCAGGGCUGCGACCGCAAGUACGAUAUGACUGCAUCCGCAAAGAAGAUAUCAGUGGAAUCGCAUCUUGUAUCUUUACAAAAUAUGGACAAGGAUUUUACCUGAUAUCUCCGUCGGAAUAUGAACGGUUUUCUCUCAGUGCCAAGCACAUCACAGAGCCAGUGUGCCUGGUAGAGUUUGAGCGACCUCACGAUGCACUACACCUAAGCAAAGGUGCAGACUCUCCAAAAACCAAUCAGGCUAAUGGAACUCAUAUAGCGAGGGAUUCCGAAGGGACUCAAUCGGGAACAGAAGGGAAUGAACACAUGGCAGCCUUAUCUCCCUCCCCUCUUGACUCUCCUUUGAAUAGUACAGACACCACGCUCGAUACCACAGGUGACAUCACCGUAGAAGAUGUAAGGGACAUACUGGGGCCGACAGAAGAGUCUGAGAGAAACAUAAAGAAUUCUACAGAUGACCCACGUUCCUCUGAAAUCCUCAUUAAAUGAGGACAGGACUGUCAUCUAGUCUUCAUGGACAUCUGGUUUACUUAGAACUUGUGUGGAGCAGCCUUCACAUCAGCAGACACUAAUCUGAGGCAUAUGUGGAUUUUACUCUUCACUCUUCCAGUAAUUUCCCAGACUGCUUGCAGGCGGUGCCACCGGACCUCCGUUAUGAUAAGUGAGCCUAUUACAGCAGUCCCUUCUACGAAGUGUGCAUUGUUCCUCCUAAAAUUCUUUUCAUACGAUCACGGCAUAGAAAAUGAACGGGAGGAAACCCCUCAAAAUCUGGUUUUGUCCCCUUGCGUGAUGUAGAUUUCAUAAAGGAACUGCUGAUUCACAGGACAACCAUGGAUUUAUGGCAUGGAGGGGCUGGAGUGACCAGGCGAUAGGACCUUCCUCGAUAGCAUGGAUUUUAGACCAUCUUCACUCUUGCAUGCCCCGGUGCCCCGUGUAUGGGCAGUUUCUGGCUGCUUUCCUGAACAGCGGCCCUGCUGGACUUUAAUGAACUAUCGCUACCCUGCCAUCAGGUGGCUUAAAGCGGUAAAUAUCUCGGCGUGCCUUGAAGCGGGAUGGUAAAUCUAGAGAAGUGUUUUUCUUCAGUGUUUCGUACCAGCAAAUCUUGCCUCCCUCUGCAGACUGAUAAAGGGGGGUCUUUUUUGUUUAAAACUCCCAUAACUGCUGUGAAAUGGUUAUCAUGUGUCCCCAUCUGUACAGACCAAAGCUUUCAGGUUCACAAUUGUUGGCAUUCAACUACAAUCACCACCGCCAUGAGCAUUUUAGCUCUUUAGAUGAUCCUUUCCCGUUUCCGAUUUCUGCAGAGGAAUCUCCUACUCCGGAUGAGCUGGCUAGUAGGUUCUUCCAGAUUUCUGCUGUUGAAGUAAAUUUUUAUAAACCUGAAUUUUUUUAAACUUUUUUUUUCAAAAUCACAUUUCACUCUGAAAGCACAUCACCAUCACCAAAGGGCUUAUUCUCAAAACACGGAAUUGUAGUGACUUGAAAAUGAAGGUGUGCAUUGUAGGCGGAAAGGUUGGGUUUGAGAAUAAAUUCUCCAACUAUGCAGCCACUUGCCAUUAACUGUUCACUUUACUACAAUUCAGUGUUUGAGGAAAUAAAUCCUAUAGCUUCAGCUUCAAUACCCAAUUUGCUAAUUAAAGGUUUCAGUUCAUGCCCCCCAGGCUUAAAGUGGAGAAUUGGUUUAAAAAGCCAUUAACCCAGCAAUAACCGAACUGAUUCUGGCUUCCUGCAUUAUGUAUGUGAGUAGCCGGUCUUCACCUGCCUUUCUGUGAUCCUGGUGUGACUCCAGAAGCUGCCCUCUCUGCUGCGUUACCGGGUUAUAUCGGGCUGUAACAUAAGCCGUAUACAGCAAUCAAAGAAACGCUACACUCCCACAAAUCCCAUUGGCUGCCUGGUAAAGCAUCAUGGGACACGAAGUCUUUUGGCAGUUGAAGACUUGCAGGCUGAACUAGAUUUUUGUUUUAUUUUUAAUAUAUAUAUUCACUUUCACUGCAGCCACGGACUGCUAGUUGCACAAACUGUGAGUUAUUGGGCCCCUGGCAGCACUCUGGGGAUUACCCAAACUUUUUUUUUUUUUUGGACCAUUGAGUUUUUAGAAAUAUUUUUGGAUGCCUUGCCUUCCAUUUUUAAGGCUAUUUUUGGUACGGCUUAUCUUUCUGUGUGAUAUGACUACAGUUUAUACGGGGGUAGGGGAACAGAGCAGAGCUGGAAACGAUUCGCUAACGUUGUCUCUGACAAGUUUAUCUUUCGAGAAUUAUCCAUUUUCUGUGGAUUUUAUUUUUCUGUUUAGAAUGUAAUUUUUUUUUUGUUUAGAUUACCCUGUUUUUAUUAAAAGAAAAAUAAAGAA